GCCCGCCACGUCCCUCACGUAGCGCCUGGCCGCGGCGCGGAGCUGCGAGCUAGCGCCGGGGGCUCCGGCUCCUCCGGCUGGGCUCGGCAUGAGGCUGGCGCGGCUGGUGCGCGUAGCCGCCUCGGCCGGCCCGGGCCCGGGGCUACGCGCCUACGGCCCCAGCGCCAGCCGCAGCCUCGCCUCGGAUUCGGGCUCCGGCCCGGCGUCGGAACGCGGCGUUCCGGGCCAAGUGGACUUCUACGCGCGCUUCUCGCCGUCGCCGCUUUCCAUGAAGCAGUUCCUGGACUUCGGAUCAGUAAAUGCUUGUGAAAAGACCUCAUUUAUGUUUCUGCGGCAAGAGUUACCUGUGAGACUGGCAAAUAUAAUGAAAGAAAUAAGUCUUCUUCCAGAUAAUCUUCUCAGGACGCCAUCCGUUCAAUUGGUUCAAAGCUGGUAUAUUCAGAGUCUUCAGGAGCUUCUUGAGUUUAAGGAUAAAAGUGCUGAAGAUGCUAAAGCUAUUUAUGACUUCACAGAUACUGUUAUACGGAUCAGAAACCGACACAACGACGUUAUUCCCACAAUGGCCCAGGGUGUGAUUGAAUACAAGGAGAGCUUCGGGGUGGAUCCUGUCACCAGCCAGAAUGUGCAGUACUUUUUGGAUCGAUUCUACAUGAGUCGAAUUUCAAUCAGAAUGUUACUAAAUCAGCACUCUUUAUUGUUUGGUGGAAAAGGAAGUCCAUCUCAUCGAAAACACAUUGGUAGUAUAAAUCCAAACUGCAAUGUAGUGGAAGUUAUUAAAGAUGGCUAUGAAAAUGCUAGGCGUCUCUGUGAUUUGUAUUAUAUUAACUCUCCUGAACUAGAACUUGAAGAACUAAAUGCAAAAUCACCAGGACAACCAAUACAAGUGGUUUAUGUACCAUCCCAUCUCUAUCACAUGGUGUUUGAACUUUUCAAGAAUGCAAUGAGAGCAACUAUGGAACACCAUGCUGACAAAGGUGUUUACCCCCCUGUUCAAGUUCAUGUUACAUUGGGUAAUGAGGAUUUGACUGUAAAGAUGAGUGACCGAGGAGGUGGUGUUCCUUUGAGGAAAAUUGACAGACUCUUCAACUACAUGUAUUCAACUGCACCCCGGCCUCGUGUGGAGACUUCCCGCGCAGCGCCCCUGGCCGGUUUUGGUUAUGGAUUGCCCAUAUCACGUCUUUAUGCACAGUACUUUCAAGGAGACUUAAAGCUGUAUUCCUUAGAGGGAUAUGGGACAGAUGCAGUUAUUUAUAUUAAGGCUCUGUCAACAGAAUCGAUUGAGAGACUCCCCGUGUAUAACAAAGCUGCCUGGAAGCAUUACAACACCAACCAUGAAGCUGAUGACUGGUGUGUCCCCAGCAGAGAGCCAAAGGACAUGACCACGUUCCGCAGUGCCUAAGGGCGCUUGAGACGCUGGGAAAGUCCAGUGUGGUUUUUGUGUUACAUUCGGAAGGGAUGGUGUUCACAACUACAUUAUACCAAAUACUUCAUGUGUCAUUUUCACAGUUAACUCAUUGGGUAGAAUAAAUGGAAACUGAAUUCCAUUUGUGCCUAUUAAAUCUCCUAAGGAUAAAAUUAUACCUAUUUUACACAUAUAUUUUCACAGUUAACUGAACGUAUUUUUAAACAGUUAUAGUUAUGGUCAACUUUCUUCUUAUGGUGGACUUCAGAAGUGUGGAAGUCUUGAUUUCUCACAGGAAGCUGUGUAGUUUUUUAAAGAAAUACUUUACAUUUAUGUCUACUAGAAACAUUUUUUGAAUAAUAUUCAUUAGCUGGUUAGUCAUCUUUCUGUUAUUUGGAGGAGUUCUGCCAUUCUUUAUUGAGUAGUCACAAUAAGAUGGUCUUCAAGUUUUUCAGUGCCCAACUAUAGGUAAAGCAGAACAUAGUUGUCAAUGUAGUCACAGCCACCAUAGCAUCUGCAUCCAUUGUCUUAGCUCAGAAGUUAAUUGAUUGUUUUAUUAUAAUGGAUUGUAAUGACUGGUUCCCUGUGAAUCUAAGCCAAGAUCAGGGGUAGUAUGUCCUGAGUAUGCUUAGGAUUAAUGUAAGGAAAAUUUUUAUAUUAAAAACAAAACUAGCAGGUACUAAAAUUAUAGAAAAUAAAUUGAGGGUAAAGCAGUGAGUCCCCAAAACUGAACUAAUUAGUUGUUGAGAUUACCUGGGGGAGCUUUUUGAAAACAGUAGAGUUUUUCUGGGUCCUAUUCCACACAUAUUGAAUCAGAACCUCUAGGGCUGGAGCCCAGGGAUCACACACUUCCAGAUGAGUCUGAUGCCUGGCCUGUUUAGAACCACUCUUUCAGGGUGAGUAGUGGUGAUGCUAGAUUUGCUAAAGUAACAGAUCUUUAGAUUUGGGUUUCCACUUAUUUGAAGGUCAGAUUUCUAGACUUUAGGAGAGACAUUGAAUCUCAGGUCUGGUGUAGUUAGGAGUAUGAUGAGACACAGAAGAGAAGGACUGUAGGAGAAUAGUCAGGUAACCAGUGGGUUACCUUGUUUUUAGUUUGUUUAAGUGAUUACAAAAAAUAUGUAUAUUUUCUAAAAUCCAGAUUUUGAGGAAAAUCAGUUUGGGCUUCUUACAGCAAUCCAUUGCAUUUGUGUGGUAAUUUGUAAUUUACAAAUGCUUCAUUAUAACUUUAUUGGUCUUUAAACGAAGAGCUGUAGUGCAGGUGUUAUCAUCCUGGUUUUCACUCACAGUGAUUCAGAAUCACACAGAAUUAGAACCAGAGCCCAAGUUGUCCCCAUGGAUCGCCCCAUUGGUGGGUCCAGGAGUCUUUGAAGUUUGUAUCUCACCUUCUUUUAAGGGAACAAGGAAAUACAUUGAACAUAAAUUUUGAAGUAAAAAUUUAAAUAUUUAAGCAUAGCUUCAUUACUUAAAUGGAGAGUGUUUAUUAUCUGCAGAGUAUAUUGAGUUGAAACACCUCAUUCUUAAAAGGAUUAUGUGAGAUUGACAAUUCUACAUGUCUUAUACAUGUGUCAAAUUAUCACAUUAUGUCCUAUAAAUAUGAAUGAUGUUUUUUAAAAAGCCAAGUCACACAGCACAAAAUAGACUUUCUUGAACCUGUCAGAAACUAAUUACAUAAAUUUGUGGAUUGGGAGGGGUGUUAAAGGGCAGUUAGUCCAGUGCCCUCAUUUAAAAGAUGAGGGUCCUGAGACCCAGAGGACUUGUCUUUGUCAGGAUUUAGCUAAUCUGACCAAAUAUUGGAAAAAUAGAUACCUUACCUAAUCUACUGUUCUUUAAUCAAGGGUUUUAUAAGAAGCAAUAGGAUGUGUUAAUGCAUGACGUAUUACAGUUUUUUAGCUUUAAAUUAAUUUUUUCUUGUAAUGAAUAUUUUAGAAUCCUUUGAAUUAAAAUAUUCACUUUCUUUCCUAAAUGAGACAUUUGUACAACUAACAUAAACUUGAUAUUUUUACUUCGGAAAUAUUUUUCCCUUCCCCACGAAAAUUAGUUUUUCUCUAUUUAAGAGCUAAGAAAUUGUGUUUUCAAAGGAAAGUGAAAUUACUUUCCUUUUGCUUCUUUUAAAGGUACACAGCUUUUUUACUGUUAUUGUGGUAAUAGACAGAAAAUUGCAUACAAAAAAUAUUUUGGGAGAGUUUUUUCCUAGUUGGUUUUAAAUCAUUGAGCUACCUGAAAGGUUUUUAGAUUCUUAAAAUGAGCUAUUUUGUCUACCAGCAUUAAUGUUAUGCAGCGUGGAUAUAAAAAUAUAUUGAAGGUCAGGAAGUAGAUACAAAGUAAUUUUUAUAACCUGGGCAGUUAAUGAAUGUGCCAACAGUUUUUAGGAUGAGAUAACAGAACUAUUCUGCCCUCUACUUAAUAUCCUGGCAGGCUUUUGAUGUCUUCAUACCUAAUAGUGAUCUCUUCCUGUACUGUGAGGUUUUUACAUAAAAAUAUUUAAGUGAAAGUCUACCAUAUUAUUUUACACAAUGUUUUCUGUGUGGUGAUAAACUGAAAACAUGGAUCAACUCUUAUUUUGGAAAUAAACUGAGUUAAUUUAGAUUUUUAAAAAUAUAAUCAUGUCUUUUAAAUAGGGUUCUCUUCCAUGGAGGCUCAAUAUUCUGUAAACAUUUAAAAAAUCAUAGUGAAGUGGCUUGUACUAAAUCUCACUAUUUUCAAUAGGAGAACUAUUGGAAUUUAGAUUUCCAGUGUAUAUUGUCAUGGAGAAAGUAAGAGAAGUGUGUCUGGUUUGAGUUUUUUUAGAUUUUUCAUUAUCCAAACUUACCACAGGUGACUGACUUAUUGCUUAAAUGGAGAUCUGUUGUGUGAUUUUGAAAGCUACAAAUAAAUUUGAAAUUUGAAUAACUUUCACAGUGUAAGUAAUUAUAGGAAAGGUCUUAAUUUAACCAGCACUACCUUGUACUUAUACCAGUUGAAUAUCAGAACUAAACUUCCUAGUCAAAGACAGAUCCUAUUCCUCAUUGAUAGAAUAUAGGAACCACGAUUUCUCUUCAAUGUUGAAACCAGUAAGUUCCAUAAUGGAACUCCAGAGAGGAAACAAUUAGUUUUAUGGUCUCACUGUGGUUUUGUGAAUGGCUAAUCAGAGGAAACCAAGUCAGUCAACCAAUUUCAGUUUAUACCUUUAAUUGUACAUAAUGUGAAGCUUCAAAAGAUGGAUAAUCAGGGUUGAGUUAAGUGGUUGGCAAGCACUGCUUUUGCUGGAGGAACUUUUCAUCAUGUAUGAUUAACUUCAGGCUUUAGGAAUUAAUUUUCUUACAGUCAGAUCCCAUACACUUGAAAAAUAAUAUGAUUAAUGACAUGUGAAGGAUUUUUUUGCAUGUAGGAACACACCACUAGUUUGCUUAGUUCUGGCAUUCCUUUUUAUUUUUUUCCUGGUGCUUAAGGUUGAACCCCAGGCCUUAUGCAUGCUAUGCAAAGCACUCUACACUGAGCUACAUCCCUGCCCUAGUUCUGGCAUUCUGAAACUAUUGUGUCAUUUAUCCAAUUUAUAUGUUUGAAAAGAAGAAUUAAAUAUACUACCUACUUUUUUCUGGAAUCUUCACAUUUCUUCAGCAGUUAUUAACUAUAGGUUUUUAAGACCAGAAGGCAAAAUUGCCAGUUUUGGAUGCAAAACUUUAAUUUACCCUUUUUGUUAACUUGAAAAGGCUGUUAGGGAAUAGCGACGGCUAGUUUUUACUUUUUUAAGUCAAACAUUCUUGAGCAAAAAUAUACUGGUUUUGCUCCAGUAAGGUAAACUCCCAUGUGAGAGUUGUCUUCCUUCAGGAAUUAUUUUCUGAGAGUCCAGAAGCACACUGCCUGUAGUUGUCACAGAGAAUAUUGUCAGAAAUUUUGUAGUUGUGAUUGGAAUGUUGCUAAUUACAAUUAAUUAAAACUACUGAAAAGUCCUUUUAGGAAACAGCUUAUGAGUCCAGGACAUUUGUAAAGUUUAACUCAGGUUUCUUAGAUUUCUCAUCAUGGGAUUGCCAUUACA